AUGCAUGCGCUCAAGGUGAGAUGUGAAAAACGUGGUGUGUUAACUGUUUUAAAUACUCCUUGCAUCUUUUCUUUUUUAGUAGAAUUUAUUUACAAAUUCAUAUUUCUUUCCCACUUUUCAGUUAAAAGGCUGGGCAGUAACCCUGGCCGGUUCGCCAAUGCCACUUUAGUGCGCCUGUCUGAGUAUUUAAGUGCUGGAUAUAAAAAAGGAGUGCGACCUGUAAAAGACUGGCGGGACUCAACCAUGGUGGCCAUCGAUUUAAUGGUCUAUUCAAUCCUGAAUGUGGAUGAGAAGAACCAGGUUUUGACAACAUACGUGUGGUACAGGCAGCAAUGGAUCGAUGAGUUCCUUGUGUGGAAUCCAGAGGAUUUCGAUGAUGUUCGGCAGAUCUCAAUCCCGACGGCAAAUGUCUGGGUACCUGAUAUUCUCAUUAAUGAAUUUGUAGAUGUUGGAAAGUCUCCUGACAUUCCAUAUGUGUAUGUAAGCAACGAAGGACUCGUGCAGAACUACAAGCCCAUUCAGGUGGUAACAGCCUGCUCUCUCAACAUCUACAACUUCCCCUUUGACGUCCAGAAAUGCAGCCUCACUUUCCAGAGCUGGCUGCACACUAUUAAUGACAUCAACAUCACGCUAAUGAGGACCCCGCAGGAAGUGAAAGACGACAAGUCUGUGUUCAUGAACCAGGGAGAGUGGGAGCUGCUGCACGUCCUGUCCAAAUACAAGUCCUUCAGUGUGGACAAUGACGACUACUAUGCUGAAAUGAAGUUCCACGUGGUGAUUCGCCGCAGACCGCUGUUCUACACCGUCAAUCUACUUCUCCCCAGCAUAUUCCUGAUGGUGAUGGAUAUAGUGGGCUUCUACCUUCCCCCCGACAGCGGAGAGAGAGUAUCCUUCAAGAUCACUCUGCUGCUGGGAUACUCCGUCUUCCUCAUCAUCGUCUCCGACACGCUGCCAGCCACCGCCAUUGGCACCCCUCUCAUUGGUGUGUACUUUAUUGUGUGCAUGGCCCUGCUGGUGAUCAGCCUCACGGAGACAGUGCUGAUUGUGAGGCUGGUGCAUAAACAGGACCUGCAGACACAUGUGCCGCAGUGGGUCAAGUACCUGGUGCUGGAGAAGGCCACCUUGCUACUCUGCAUCCGCAACAAGAAGUUCUGCUCCCUGCUGGCACAUGAGUCCGACCUGCCACGCUACAGGGAGAACAACAUGAACACAGCUAUCCGCUGUAACCACCACCACUGUGACAGCUCCAGAGACAUGGAUAGGAAUCUCAUUAUGGGACUUCCCAUUCGGGACAGCACUCCUCCAGUCAUGGACAACAUCCUACAUGAAGUCUCAUCGAUCCGGCAGUACCUAGAGAAGAGACAGGCAUGUCGAGACAUCGCAAAGGAGUGGCUGCAGGUGGGCUAUGUGCUGGACGUGCUGCUCUUCAGGGUCUACCUGCUGGCCAUGCUGGCGUACAGCAUCACCCUUGGCACACUCUGGUCCGUCUGGCAGUACGCCUGAGAGAGCAGGGAAAUGCUUCCUUACGCUGUCUCUCUUCUUAAAAGCAGUUGUUGUGUGUUGAUAGUAAACACAUUUGUGUAAAAAUGACAUACACUCAAUACACACAACCGGUGUCCUACACCAGAAUUGCUAGUUGGUGAAGCACAAAGUGUGCUAAGACUGCGGUAGGUGUGUCAGCGCCACUCAAUGCGCAACUCAAUUUCAGCUUUUAUUGCAAUAUAUAACCGCUGAUGUCACUUUAAAUGUCGGAUAAAAUGUUUGGUUGUGUACAAGUGUGUGUAAGAUGUGAAUAAGCAUUAUAGAAAUCGAUGAAGUCGGAACCUUAAACCAGAGCAAAUAACCAGCAUUUCUGUCUGUAGCUACUAUGCCGUAUCUGAAAAGUCCCUUGUUUUUCCACAUACUUUUUUUCCACAUUCGAUUUCUCACAUGAUUCAUAAUUUUUUUUUCACGUUUCUUUUUAAACACAUCAUUUCUUUAUUUUAUGAUUCAUUUUGUCACGUAAUUUUUUUUUUCUACAUCUGGGGCAUGUGGUUUAAUCUUUCGCAUGUGAUUUCUCAUAAGAUUCAUUUACUUUUCAAAUGGAUUUUUUUUCUCCACAUGUGAUUUCUCAAACAAUUCAUUCUGACAUGAUUUUCUUACCUAAUUUCAUUUGAUGUCCAUGUGUCAAUUUUUCCACAUAUAGGGCAUUGAUUUCAAUUUUCACA